AUGGCUUCACCCGUAUCAGCAGCCGCUCCUGCCACCAACGGGGCUCAAGUUAAUGGAGGAGCCCGUGGAAGCCAAGAGCCAGAUGCCGUUGGCAACUACGAGCAGUCUGAAGACCUCAAUGAGAUCACACGUCGCCAGUUGGAAGAAGACAUCAAGGCCUAUAGAUAUGAUCUCGAAUUCAGUACUGAGCUGCUCAAGGACGGCAACCUUAACCUGACUCCCCAGGAAGCACGCACAAUUCAGUUUCGAAUUCUGGAUCUGGGCCAUCAGUUGCGCCACUGCCAGCAUCGCAUCGAGCAGAUUGAUGCGCAGAUUCCUCAGCCUGGAUCAACUUCAAACGGUCAUCGGACCUUCUACUAUGACGCUGCCCCCAAGCGUCGCGCCAAUGGAGCGCCCAGCAACAGCACUCCUGGCCCAGCAAGCAAACGCGCCCGCCUGUCAGCCGAUGCUGACGAGACCAUGGACCUAGAAGCUGCCGAUAGUAACGCUGUCCAGCGUCUUGGAUACUGGAUGUGUCACCUAUGCACUGCCAACAAGUACCUCAGCGCCGGUCAGAAUCGCGUACCCAGCGCACCCUGCAAGUGGCCACUUCGCGACGUGAGCAAAAUGCUCACCCAUUUCCUGGACAUGCACACGGAACAUGACCCCGAAGAGAGAUGCAUCGAGCUCGGCAACGCAUUAGCUGCAAACCGCGGACCCUUUGAAUACUGGCUCACAAGAACCAAGCACCAGAAGGUGCGAGACAGUAAUAUCAUGGAUGAGUGUAUUGAUUCACUCCAGGCAGGCACAGUUCCGGAGAGCCUCAAGAAGAUCAAUCGCGCUGCUGGCGCUUUUCCAAAUGCUAUGAGCAUGAAGGACAAGGGAGAAGACGGCUCGAUGGUAGCCUAG